AUGGCCGCAGCUGUGCUAUCCAACCAAUCUACUUUGUCUCACCUCUUAACUUUUAUUGCGACAACAGCGGGUCGUGACAAGAUUCUGCGUACACUGCAAUACUUCUCGCGCUUCUACGGCUGGUAUCUUCGCCGCGCCAGUUACCCGCAAUCCGCUAUCGACCCUAUCAAUGCGAUAAAGAAGCAGUUUGAAAUAACACGCAAGGUCUUGCGAAUUGGAAAUUUCAUCGAAAAGUUCAACGCCGCUUCCAUUGCGUUGAAUAGAAAGAAUCCUAUCGAUCCUGUGCUCCGCUACCUUACGGUCGGCCAUCAUCUUGGCUAUGGCGCUUACCUUGCCGUCGACACUUUCACUGUCAUAGAUGUUAUUGGAGUUCGGAAGCUGGCCAACACCAAGAUUCUGCAAAAGUCCGGCUACCGUGCUUGGAUGGCUGGGCUGACUUGCAGUGUUGGGGCUGGUAUAUACUCGCUAUGGAAACUGCAACAGAAGGAGAAGACACUUGAUUUGAAAGUGGGCAAGGGAGCUAUUGAGGCAAAAAGAAUUCACAGGGAGAGGUUCACCACUUCUGUCCAGCUAGUCUCGAACCUCUGUGAUUUAACCAUACCUAUUUCGGCGCUCCGAUUUGCCAAACUUGAUGACGGAGUUGUUGGCAUAGCCGGUGCACUAAGUUCCUUGAUUGGUGUCUGGUUUCAGUGGCGGAAGACCGCAUUCUCAGAGCCACGUGGUAGAUAA